GCGCCAGACCUCGCGGCGCGUCCGUGGCGCACUCUAAAAACAGUCGUGCCGAAGAUGGCGACGUGUGAGCGGCGGCGUCCGCGCGGUGUUUAAUCGAGGAGAGAGAGAGAGCGCGAGGAGGAGGUGUAUCAUGUUGCCGCCGCGGUCGCAGUGCCCGCAGUGUUUCCGUGAUCCGCGUUAGGCUCGGUGCAAAUGUAAAAGGAAUGUCAGAGGCGAAACGGGUACCCCUGCAGACCCUGGAGUUCCCGGAGUCCCUGGGCCACGCGACGAAGAAGGAGAAAAAGGGGAACAUGGGCAAGCAGCUCGCGCCCUCCUUCCGCUUCACGCUCACCCUGCCCGAGUCGAACGAGAAGACAUGCCCGGAGUUCAACUAUGCGCAGCUCCUCAAAUCGGCGGAGAAAAAGCGAAGGAAAGAACAAAAGAGGGGAGAUGAGAAUGCGACCAAUGGACUGGAUCCGUUCGAUGAUGACGAUGACGAGGAUAAGCUUAGAGACAUGGCCAGACGAUUCGAGGCGAAAUAUGGUACAUCCACCACGGGGAAGAAAAGACACAAGUACGACGAUUAUGUAGACUUGGGCGCAGGAUAUGAUGAAAACGACUCCUUUAUCGACAAUACUGACGCUUAUGAUGAAAUUGUACCCGAAGAGAUGACCACAGCGCACGGAGGUUUCUACAUUAAUUGCGGAGCUCUCGAGUUCAGAGCUGCUGAUAGACGUUCAUUAGUCCAUAACAAUAAUAAUAAUAACAAUAGUGAUGACGAUGAGAGUAGUGAAAGUAGUGAGGAAGAUACCGAAGAUGUAGAUAGUCCUAAAAGAAUAGAUAAACGAAUCAUUAGCUCCUCGGAUGACGAUGAGACGGAGGAUAUUACUGGUGAUAAUCCGCGAAAAAGACGGAAAAUUGAAGAAAAUGGUGAGAAAAAAAUUAAUCACGAGAAUGGCAAAAAGAGGAAAAAGCAAAAUCAUCAGGCACAGGAAGCACAACAAAACUCUCAACAAGAUCUGGAUCUUUUGAGACGAAAGGAGAAAAAUGAAACAGAUGCUGAAGGAGGUACAGCUUCGGAAGAUCAAGAGGAGAAGAAAAAGUCUGAUAAACCAGAGAAAAAUAAAAUAAGUGACAAAAAGUUCGAUAUCAAGAAGUUCGAGAAAAAAUCAUCCAAUAGUAAUGGAUAUGACGCGAAGAAGAUAGAUCUAAAACGAUUAGAUGCUAAAGACAGCAACAUCGACGAUGCAAUAGAGAGCGUCGUUAAUGCAGCUAGAGGAAUCGAAGAUGACUCAAGUCGUGAUACAACUGAUUCAGGGAAAUCUCGCGUUUGCCUUUACGUUGAAUCUGAUGGGGAAGAGAUGGAGAAUAAAGAAGCGUCUUUGCCGGAAAAUCUACCCGAGGAUAUAAGAGAAAUAGUGAAUAAAUUAAAGCUUCAAGCGGAGAAUAACAAAGACGGCAAGAGCAAGUUCUUCAAUAGCGCGAUUAACGAAGUGCUCUUUACUUUAGAGAAAAAAUUACGAAUGUUAAAUUCACCUAGCGUAAGAUUACAAACCUACGGACAUCUAGUGCGAUUUUUACCUUGUAGUAAAAUUACUCUUCUCAGCAGAGCUAAAAAGCUUUAUCUGAAAGACGCCGAACAUAGAGUAAACGAACCGAUGCAAAAAUUAAAGACACUCAUCGAUAACGUUAUGCCAUCAGUUAUGGACAAAUAUAUGAAGGAAUGUCAGAAGGUUGCUGAUGAAAAUCCUCAAUUAUACUGGGAGAUAUAUCGGUACUGUUGGGGUUUUGAGGGAUCUCCUGCGGAUGCUGAGAGCAGCGACGAAGACGAUGGUUCGUUUAAAAAUACAGAAAAGUCGAAAAUACCACGAAAACGAUUUCCAUGGACUGAUGAAGCAAAAAAACUCGUCCUUGAAAUUGCAAACGCCAGGAGACAUUAUUUCAAAAUUCUCAGAACAAGAAAGGAAAGUAUGGAAUCGUUCGUUGCUACUUUUAUGGAUACGAAUGUUUUACCAUUGUGGCCGCCCGGUUGCGUACGAUUGCAAACUUUGCUGAAAUAUGCUAGUCCCAUUGAACCUGUCAUUAAGAAGAAAUUGAAGAAACCAAAAGAAAUGGUCAGUGCAACGUCAAACAACGUUACCACUUCUGCCAAUAUUCAAGUUUGCAAUACCAUUGCAAAGAAUGACACGACAAACACGAAUAAUCUUCUGUCUCAAGAGAACGAGAGAACAAACACAAUUAUAUCUAAAGUUCAGAUUAUUAGCGAAAAUUCGACGAAUAUUGUAGGUCAAGUGACGGCGAAGUCUAAUGACAUCAAUAUUGAUAGAAAGCAACAUAGUAACAAAUAUAAAGAUAAGCAUGCAGAAAAUAGCGUGGGCCAGCAGCAAGAAUGCGGCGCAGUCUCCGUCAAUAAUUUUUCAAUUGGUAAAAUUUCUGUAGUCCCUACGGCACAAUUAAUGGCUCAGAAACCAAGUAAGAGUCAUGUUGAGAAAUUUAAUCUCAUGGAUUUAACGAAUAGUUCUCUGUCCAUCACACCCGUUAAUGAUUAUAACAAAUCGUCGGCGAAAUUAACCGGUAAAAAAGAUAUAGUUUCUAUUACAGCGUGCCCAGAACCUGUGAGUCAUUCUAAAACGAACGAAACUCAAGCUGGACAUCAUUCCGUAUAUAGACAAGAUACUUCCUAUUCAUCAGCACAAGUCUUAAAACACAGAUUCUUGCAGGAGAAUGCUGAUACUAAAUGUGACAAGAGAUUGGAUGACAAAGAUAUCGACUCGAUGGUCAACAAGACUGAUAAAAAGGAAAAGAAAAGAGAACGCAUAGAAAUCAAGCAUAAAUCGUCUCACGAUCAAAAGAAAAGAAAGAAAGAUCAAAAAAUAAUUGAUCAACAGAUAGGGCCUAUUAAUCAAGACAUAGUGCCUAUGCCACAACAAACGACUCUUUCGAAAGAGGAACAGGAGCAGAGGCAAAACGAAGAAACAAUUGCCGCGACAAAUUUCCUUAGUCAGAUCAUCAAUGAUGAUUCUUCGCCGCGAGGAUUAACGGAUAAACGGAAAGACGGUUUCAUUACGGACGAGACAUUAGGAAACAUAGUACAACCAACGGAACAGGAAAAAGAUGUCCAGAUGGUAAUGAGAUCAUUAAAGGAGUUACAGGAAUUACAAGAGAUGAAAUACUCCCCUAAUAAUUCACCGGUCGGUGGUAGCAUACAAAAACCUGGUAAAUCGAAUGCGCAGUAUGUUACUUAUCAGGAGGAAUAUCAACGAUUGUAUCUCAAGAAGGAAGAUAAAAUGAGGUCUAAAGAAGAAGCACAAUGGUAGAAGUGAUAUAUGUUAUCGCCCUUUUGAAGUUUACUUUUCUUGGGGACGAUAGCGACGAUAUAUUAUUAAUUUUGCGAGAGAUAUUAGGCGGAACUUUCGUAUUUAUGUAAUUAUGUUUCGUUUUGAACGAUUGAGCGCGGAAGCUGACGGAAACUUCUUCCACUUAUAUGACACCACUAUUGGUGGAAUAAAAUGUAUGCAGCUGAGUAUAGGUUUAUAGCGAUCAUACUGUGUAUGUCGUGUAAGAAUUUUUAAAUAUUUUCAAAUAAAAACCGCCAAAUUAUGUACAUACAUUAUAAAUUCGUUAGUGAUAGUUUUGGUUGUAUGUGUACAGAAUAAGUAUAUAAAUUAUGAAAUUCUAGAGUACUCAAAAGAUGUGAAUACACUGGACGAAUGAAUAAUGAGCGAGCAACGAACGCAAAAUCGAAUUUUCUAUAUCAGCUUUAUAAUCAAAUUGGAAUAUGAAUUAAAUUUUGUUCGUAUCUGUUAUGCAUAUAUAUCUUUAAUAUUGAAAAACCGCGUUUGCCAUCUCUUUCUCAUUUGUUCAGCGUAUAUUCAUCUAAUAAGUAUUUGUAAAUAAGUGAGCAGCGUCCAAUCGUUCCGUGAGUUGGGUGAUCUAUAAGAAUUUCAUUUUCAUUUGUUCGACAAGCCGUCUGAUUUUUUAUUAUGAUUUUGUCAAUUAUUCAGAGAUAGGUAUCUAAUACUUUCGGCUGUAUAUUUUAUUUAAUUUAAUUAAACGUAAGCAAUUAAGUGCUUCCUUUUUUUGUAAAUGACAUCACAAUAUGAGAGGGAUUAAUAGUACCAACUUUUGCUUUAUAUUUUCUUAUAUGUUUUGAUCACCUGUAUCACAGAGCGAAAAAAAAAGAUGUGUAUUGUUCUUCUUUACAUUUCGGUUGUUAUAAUCGUCAUAAUGUAUGUACGCGAUGACAAGAGAACAAAGUCAGUUCAGGAUACAUAUUAAUCUUUUCGAAAUUACAUUGCCUUCCAUAAAUACGAUUCAUAAUUAUUAUCAUAAUAAAACAAAUUAGCAAUCGCAUUAAAUGCAUUUAGAAUGCGAAACCAUGAUAUCAGAUUAUUUUGCAGAUACAAUACUUCCAUUGUACAUUAUCUUUGCGUCGGAUUUUUUUUUUUAUUGUAACAUCACAAUAAAAUGUAUGUAUCUUCA